GACAUAAGUUUGCACCCACCGUGUUUUGGCCGAUUCGAAACAACGAACAGCAAUCACUUACAUUUUCAUCAAAUCGUGAAACAAAUUCCACCGGCUGUGAGCAAUGUCCUAUCCCGACAAGGAAGCACGAGCGGUCUGCUGGGCAGCACGAGACGAAUACUGGGCCUGCCUCGACAAAUACGCCCCCAGUCACAAUUCGACGUCGGGCGAGCCGGAACCCCAACAGUGCGUUGCCCUUCGGAAGCUGUACGAAAAGCGGUGCCCGUCUCAGUGGGUGAAACACUUCGACCGCAAGCGAACCUUCGAGCAGUUCAAGCAGAAAAUGGCCAAAGGAUACGAGCCGCUGGAGACAAAGAAUCCCUAGCCGCACACAGUCAUUACCAGUUACGGUUAGAUUUAUUUCACAUUUUUUCAAUCAUACCGAGAGUGUACAGUUUGCGUUGU